AUGCCCACCCACACUCCUGCCAGUGCUCUUGUGAUAUGCUUCACCGCGAUGAAGGGUGCACCUUGGAACUACCCCAAGUGGCAAGAGAUAACCGGCGUCUACCAUGGCCUAUUCCCAGAAGACGACAAGCACCUUCCCAUCGGGUGGACUCGGCGCGACGCCGACAACGUUCGAUCCUACUUUACACAGUUCAGCUCUUAUCAGAAAGAUGAGCAAAAGCUGAAGUUCGCCGUCGUUCGAACCAAAGCUGGUCAAGAUCCCAUCCCAGGUCGCGCGUUCUUUCGCGAUUGGGUCACCUCCCUUAUUUCCUCAGUCUGGAUGAUGUACACUCGCAUCGCCACAAUUCUUGAAGACACCAACAUCCACCCACUCCAAAUCAUGGUCGCAGCCGACAACCUCGACAAGUGGCCCAUGAGCAACUACUACAUCCCGAUGGUCAUCGACAGAGUCGCACUCGAGCUUUUCGGUCCUGAAGCCCUUGGCCCUACUGGUCUUCUCCCCGACGAACUGCGCGCGGUUGUGGGCAUCUUCAUCCAGCGCACCUGGGUAGUCGUCAAACGCUCAUCGAUGAGGAAGAUCAAGAGUUUGAAGACUUAUGAAACCGACGCCGAGAGUGCUCUCGCCGCUCUCUCGGAAGACUCGAUCACGCCAGAGAAGGUCAAGAAGACGCUCCGGACGGUGUCAAAGUUCAGGGAGCUCGUCGAACUCUGUGGUACUUCAUCAGCGCGCUCGAAGCUCAAGACCAUGAACCAGAAAAUGGAUCAAUUCAUUGCGGAGGUCCACACGCAAGUCGCCCCUAAGCCCAAGAAGCCAGCGGAUCAGAAGAAGGCAGCUCCUCCCAAGUUUGCUUCAUCCAAGUCCCUCGCCCAGCUCGCCACAGCCAACGAUGUCGCCGAGUUACUCGAUCUCUACGACUCUCUAUUCGGGGAAGCAACAGAUUCCGCACCUGAGCUCGCAGGUGGAUCGCUGUCUGGCGUGCGAUUUGGGCAGCCCGCGGACGGUGCAGAUCCAGGUGUCGAAGUAGAAUCAGGAAUGACGCCCGCCCAGCUAUUUCACAACCUCGACUUCGACGGCGGGACACCCUUCCUCUUCAACAAAGAGCGCCAUCGCGACGGUCUCAACCCCUGGGACGUCGACUUCGACUCAAUCCGCAGCGAUACCCCAUCCACGCUCGAACCUCUCAAGCUUCACUGGCACCAGGGUGCCGGAGUCCACAGCAUAGUUCGCCACAUCUUCCACAAGAAGCCAUCACCCUCUCAUCCGUCUGGUAUUCUUCUCGCCGACGACGUUGGUAUUGGCAAAACCAUCCAGUCCUCAGCCACUGUCGCUUUUCUCGCCAACCUCGCUCUUCGCCAAGAGCGGGGGCUCUCUUUACCCCCUAUCAUCCGUGAGAUCUCGGCACCCUCCCCGCCCGCUUCUCACUCAUCCUAG